CCUGCUCCUCCCUGUUCGCGCCCUGGCGCCGAGCGCCACAGCAUCGACCGCCGCGCACGUAUAUAAGGUCGGCGUCAGGGUGGCAACGCGAUGGCAACUGCUCCUGCCACUCCCCCUCGUGCAUCCACGAGACGGGGGUCGGUGCAGCCGGGUGCCCUCCCGAAGCUGUCAAAACGACUGGCGGGCGGUCGGCGGGUGAAUCGCGCAACGACGGACUGCGCGACGCACAGGCAAGCUGAAGUGGCGUCCGCGCGCCCAUGGUACAUCUGUUGAGCGCGCGUGAGUCACGAAUGUCAAUCGCAUCCUCGGACCUGGGGGCCCUGCUGGGAGGGCAGAAAAUCCACCCCGAUAAUCACCACCCCGACACCGAAGCCGUUUAUGAACGUCGCUCGUCGGGUCCGGGUGGUUUUUCCUCCCCUGACUGCAGCAGGGCGACCCGGCCAGCGGCGGAGAAAUGGCGGGCGCCGGGCGCGCGGCUCCGCCGAGUGGGGGGUGCCCGCGCCCGAGGGCCGGGGGCGCUGUGCAGCGUCGAGUGCCAGCGCCCCGCGCCCAGUGCGCACUGGCGCCCACCGGGGCGGGCCGGGAGGCUCGAGGCGAAGCCUCUGGCGGAGGGCGCGGGGGUAGGACCCGGACCGAGCAGGAGGGCGAGGAGGAGGUGGCGAAACCCUCAGCACGUGCCCGUCGGCUCUCCCCCAAGGCGCGCGCCUCGCCGCGCGAGGGGCCGGUGCCUCUGAGCAGCGGCCAGCGAGCGGCGAGGUAUUCGGAGCACGGGGGAGAGGGAGGAGGAGGGGGAGACGGAGGAGGAGGAGGAGGAAAAAGAGGAGGCCAGGCGUGGCUCAGCGGAGCGCCAAAGCCAAGGGGACUUCUCGCCCGGCGCCGGCGCCGCGGUGGCCUCUCGGGCAAGCCUCGCUCGCCGCGCCAGCAGGGGCGCGGCCCAAAGGGGGGGGCAAGGCUCAGCGCAGGCGAGGGCGCAGCCGGGGCAGGUGCACGCUCGAGAGGGGGUGAGGAGGAGGAGGAGGAGGAGGGGGCGGAGCAGCAGCAGCAGCAGCAGUAGCAGCCUAGGCGGCGCCAACUGCCUCAGGG